AUGUCGCAGUUAACGUACACGCCAACUUCCUCGAUUCCUUCCAUCGUAGACGAUCUUCGCCAAACCUUUCGAUCCGGUUUAACCAAAAAUAUAGCGUACCGCAAAGAGCAGUUGAGCAAUUUGGUGCGACUUAUGAAAGAAAAUACCGAUGCGCUCGAAAAAGCGAUCUGGGACGAUUUGCACAAGCACGAAAUGGAGUGCUCUGUAGGCGAAAUCUCUCCCAUAAUUGAUGAGUGUGAAUACAUGAUCAAGAAUCUCGAUCGCUUUUCCAAAGCAACUCCAACCACCAAGCGCUUUCUUAUGAACAGCGGUGAUAAAACCAUCGUCCGCAAAGAGCCCAAAGGUGUCGUUUUGGUCAUUGGCGCAUGGAACUACCCUGUCAAUCUUCUUCUCAUGCCUGCUGUGGGCGCCAUCGCCGCUGGUAACUGCGUCUUGUUCAAGCCUUCAGAAGUGUCCGCACAUACGGCGGAAUUAAUCUCUCGCUUGCUGCCCAAGUACCUUGACAAACGCGCCUAUGCUGUUGUCAACGGUGGCGCCGAUGAAACAACGGUUGUCCUUGAACAAAAGUUUGACCACAUUUUCUAUACCGGCAAUGGCUACGUUGGUAAAAUCGUCAUGGCGGCCGCUGCCAAGCAUCUUACACCGGUUACCUUGGAAUUGGGUGGCAAAUCGCCUGUCAUUAUUACACCUGAUGCCAACUUGGAAGUCGCUGCGAAUCGUGUGAUUUGGGGUAAAUGCUUCAAUAAUGGUCAGACCUGUGUAGCUCCGGAUUAUGUUUUGGUCCCCCAAGACAUGUUUGAACCGCUCAUUGCUGCCUUCCGUAAAUCGCUGGUCAAAUUUUAUACCGAUACUCCUCAGAAAUCCAACUCGUACGGACGUAUUGUCAGCGCUCGCCACUUUGAUCGAUUGAAAACAUUGAUUGACAAGUGCGACCCUAAAACCAUUCUUAUCGGCGGAGAAACAGAUAAGGACGAUUUAUUCAUUGCACCCACCAUUGUCGGUCCCCUCACCACCGACGAUGAAGUGCUUAUGCAACAAGAAAUUUUCGGCCCUAUUUUACCUAUUAUCCCUGUAAAGGACAUGAAUGAAGCCAUUGAAAUUGUCAACUCGAGAGAUCAUCCCUUGGCGAUGUACGUCUUCUCCGAAAACUCAAAGACCUACAACCACAUUCUUGAUAACACCAACUCGGGAGGUGUGGUGAUCAACGAUAUUUUGAUGCAUCUUCAGGAGCUGUCUUUGCCUUUUGGUGGUGUGGGUGGAUCCGGCAUGGGCAAUUACCAUGGCGAUCGAUCCUUCGAUACCUUUACGCACGAACGUUCCACCAUGAUCCGAUCGACUGGCAUGGAAACUGUGCUUUCAGCUAGAUAUCCACCUUACACCGAUGACAAGAACACGCUCCUGUCACUCCUCGUGUAUGGUUUCCCAUCGUCGGCCGGGGCCAAAGUCAAAACUUUCUUCACGGUGUGCUCCGCUGCCUGGAACGUUUUCUUCAAGAAGAGCAAGCUUUAA